UUGCCACCCUAACCCAAAAACCUCAUCUUUACAUAGGCAGAAGAGCGUGCUACCACCGGAGUUAUCCAACAAAGCAAACGGUUGAUCUGCGGAGCGCGCGGCGAGAGUCCGUUCUCGUUCCAUACGAGUGAUCGUUGAAGAAUCGAGAAGAAAUAAAAAAAAGCAUACCUAGGUACCUUAUUCCGACCAUAGAGCGGCAAAGUCACAUCGUCAAGUUAGUGUACCGCGCCGUUGGGCUGCCGUUUCCUGGUGGUUCUUUGGAGAAGAAGCAGCCAGCGCAACAUAAGCGGAUCGAAGAAUUAAUGAACGUGUAGGGCCGCGGCAAGAAUAGAGCUGGUUGCCGCCGUCCGUUCGUUGUCAGCCAGUUGUAUAGUGUGUUGUGUGUGGUGCAUAUAGAAGUGUGUGGAUUGUAGCAUUGAAGUGAAUCUAGCGCGCAGCAGUCAGUAACUAGCACACAGCUAGGAAUCUUUUCUUCGGAACUUCUAGCUCCAAGCCAGUCUCAUACUACCUCGCCGUUGCAGUCGGCGACUUGUUGGAAGGAACGUGCAGUCUAAGACACCAGCAGCAGAUUCGUGGGAGGAACGAGGUAGCAGGAACACCCCGUUCGCUGCACCAGGCAGAAGCGGCACAAGCCGAGUCUGGUUCAUGGUUUUGAGAUGUAGCUGAUCCAUCCGCGCCAAAACCUGUGAAGAAGGUGCGCUAUGGAGCAAAACAUCUUCGACGUAGGGGAUGACAUUUCGUUUCCGUGGUUGCCGGCCUAUGCCGAAGCCACCGGCGGCGGCGGCGGCGGUACCGAAACGAGUCCCCUGUCGACCGGCUCCAGUCGGAUGCUGGAAACCAUAGUGGAGGAAACGUCAUCGGACGAUGAAUCGAAACUCAACUCGCUGGAAAGUGCUGAUCUCAACCAGUCGUCGUUGGGGGACCUACAGCAGCAAGAUCAUCAACUGCAACAACAGCAGCAGCAGCCACAGGGAUGGUCCCAAUUCGAUCAGGUGUGGAGCUCGGCUGGAUCCGAUACCGGUUCGGUGGUACGAGUCGAUACACCCUCAGAUCAAGACAACCUAUCCGAGCGGGACUUCAUUUGUCCUCCGAAGCGACGCAAGCAGGACAAUGACGACGAUGAGGAAGCGGAGGAGGAGGAGGAGGAGUUUAUUUGCACCGGUGCUGGAAGUGCUGAGCAGCUAACGGUGGUCAUCAAUGGCGGCAAAGGAGAUGACCGCGAGGGUGGAUAUGGAAAUAACAACAACACCAGGAAGCCCAGGUUCUACGAGCUGGACGGACUGGAAGUCAAUGAAUAUUUCAUGAGGCGGCACAAUGAACCAAGAUUGCGAUUCGACGAAAUCGGCCACGAUCUGUUUACGGAUUCCGAUAGUCUGUCGUACGCGUCGCUGAGCCGAUCGUCCUCGCUGAUCCAGUUCGAAUCGUUGGAGCGCCAGUUGCAGAAUGAAUCGACGGGCGUCGCGUCGUCCGGCUCGUCCCCUUCGCUCUACUUGGUCGCUGGGGCGGGUGUUGUAGGGGCGGCGGCGGUAGUUGGACCUGAAGCGGCAGGGUCCGCUGCAGAGGGCCUUAGAAGUGCGAUUGUGGUGGGCGGUGAUACGGUUGGGUUCUACUGUAGCCCCAGCAAGAAAGGCAAUCUACUUACGGCAUCGAAUCUGAUUCAACAGCAGGGAAAGUUGGUGGCCGGCGGUGGUGGUGGUGCUGGUGGGACGUCGGUGGGUGGCAAACAACAACCGGUGCUGAACACAAGUGAUUCUGAGCUGUACUCGUCGUCGAGUGUGUCGAGUAGUUCUAGCAGCGGAGGCAGUGGAAGUAGUUGCAACUAUGCUAGCGACGAGUGCGAUUUGAACAACCACGAUAAUACGCCGAGCCCCAGUGAGUCGCAGGUGGCGAAAAGUUCUUCGGAUGAGGCGGACGGAUUGGUCCGGUGUCCGCAACGGUGCUCCGAACGGCGUCGAUCGUUGAAUCAACUGCGAACGAAGAACUCGAUUGAAAGUUUAAGUGAAGACAGUGGCUAUUGCGACCAUUUGCAUUUCAACAUGAACAAUCUACGGGUCAAGUCCAAAAGUUGGACCAAUUUCGGUUCGGCUGAAAAUGUUAACACGUUUAUGGAGCCGGUACAGUUGGAUUAUUUCGAACAGCGGCAUGUUUUCCACCAGGAAAACCGUCUCUCUACGGUGUGCGACGUGGACGAGGAGGAGCACGAAGAGCAGAGCGAAACGGGAACGAAAGGCCAAGAAGUGCACCGCAUUAAACAGUGUAACAGCGAGGAAAGUCUAUCCAAUAAGUACGACCGUAAUAACAAGCCAGAACAUUGGUUCACCGCGAGCAGCGCCGCGAAAACCAAUAUUCAUAAUUGUACAAAAAUAGAUUUAGACGCAAGUAAACAUUCGCGCUCGGCGGGUGCUAGCAGUGGCGAGCAGCCAUUCGUCGUAACGACCAAAGUAAUUCCCCCAUCUUCGUCGUCGUCGUCCGCAUCGUCAGAAUCAGCAUCAACGUCCUCGUCACGGCACAAUUCUGUAGAUUCACUCGAGAUACACCCAACGACGUUGUCGCCGUCGUCAGCGGCAACGACAACAAUUCUGGAUCGCCGUCACCAUCGUGCCGAACCGAAACCUAAAAAUAGUCAUCAUCGUCGCCAGCAGCAGUUGAGGGAUGACACAGAGCAGUUUGCCGUUUCACGAAAGCGACCGCGACCGCAGCAGUACCGGCAGCGUCGUAGAACCAUCAUUUCGGCCAGUUCGCCCGAUCUGUUCAGCAGCGGUGAUCAACAUCGUUUUCGCGGUCGUAGCCGGAAGCAAAGUCAGCGAAAGGUGGUUAGCGACUUCCUGGAGUACGGUGGUGUCAAUUUCACGGUGUCCAGUGUGCCAGAGUGUUUAAACCUGUGCGGUAGUCGAGUUCCGCCAGAGUUCGCGGGACGAUCGGAUUCGGUGGACUCGUUUGAAUUGUGUGAAUCCGGUGCUAGUUCUGGGAAUUAUUGUGCGUGGAACCAGGGUCCAGAAUCGGUAGCUAGCAAGAACUUCAAUCUGUACGAUUUUCAAGAAGAGCCGGUCAUUCCAACUGUAGUGAAAAGUGUGAAAACCGUGACGUUCGAACCGGUGACGAAGCCGCGGGUGAACAUUCGUGCAAGCUACGCCAAUUUGACGGUGCUGGAUUACGGUGAUGAAGAAGACGGAAAACAGUAUUAUUUAAAUAGGAACACAUUUAGAACGAGUAGUGGCACAAGAUUGGGUGGGGCCCGAGACAUGGCGUCCGGUUCGUGGAAUCCCAGGAAAGCAUUCAACGAAGACGACGAAGAGGAGAGGAUCUUUCCGGUCGAUGGCGACGAAAAGAACGUUUUUAAUUCGCUUUUGGAUGAAAUUUCCGCUCACUUCGAUCGCAACCUAUCGAUCAUCAACGAUCAAGCGGAAGCGUACGAACCGAUCGCAGCGUUUUUGCACGAACAACGAUCGGCAGCAGCACAGCCAUCGACAUUCAGCGCGCUGGUCGCGUCCCCACCUCAAGCUCCUCCGCGACGAACGCAAAUCAAAACAAACCCCCACCACUCAACACCCCCGGUUGCACCACCGGUGCGAUCUCCUUCACUGCCCGCACCGGAAAGCAACCACGGCACCAGAAGGACCUUUGAUCAGGAUCCCACGAAUCUGGUUACCUGCUACGCUGCCAGUUUAGAACGUUGCACGUUCGAUCCGACUGAAUCCGCCCUCAACUUAUAUAAUGGCAGCAAUAGCGCGAUCAACCAAACAAGUGAUCUGAAUAUUAAUCACCCGAGUGGUGCUCGCGGCUACGCCCCGGUGGUAGUAGCCAAGCGUGAGUUCGUCUCGAGCACCCCGAACCUCAAUUAUUACCAUUGCUGCAGCGACGACGAAGGUGGCCUGAACGCCCACCACAACUCGCUGAAGAAUGUCAGCUGCCUUGAGAUCGGUGCAACUGGAGAUCUAGCCUCCCGAAGCAUUGGCAUUCUCACAGCCGCCUCCAGUUCCAAGUGUGGCCUAUCCAAGGGCGUUAGCUUCUGUCCGAUUGUGUCGGAAAUCAUCUGGAAGGACAACUCCUCGGACGCGGAUCCCGACGACAACGCCAGUGUCAUCUCCAAUCAGGACUUCGAGAUCGACAUCGAUGACGAAGACUUCGAUCAGGAUGACUACGAUCACGCCAACCUGAUUGCAACCCAAACAAACACUCUCAUCAACUCAAACAGCGUGGAAACGGGCCUGUGUGAGCUGAUAAAUCACGCUGAUUCAUCAUUCGGCAAUUAUCAUCCGGCCAGCAAUCAUCAUCAUCAUGCAGCGCCUCGUGCCCCGACACCGGAUCCCGACUUGCACGAUCGCUUCGUGUUCGAUGACGACACACCGCUGCCGCCCGAGCCUCUCUCUCGUGAGCGAACCGUGAGCGGUGACGAUCGGUGCGAGCGAGACGACGCUAAAUGCAUCACCGCAGUAAACAAUGCGAUCGGCAGCAGCAAAGCCGACGAAAGCGACGACGUCGUCAGUACGAAAGUGAUCAUCGCCGAGAAAGGUUCCACCACGAUGGCGUCCGCGAUCGCGAAUGGGGUUGACGCUAGCAGAAACAUGAUCGUCGCCGAAUCAUCAUCAGCAGCAAACGCGGCAAGCAGCGGUGUAAACGGUCCUGAAGUGAAUGAUAAUGCGGCACAAGUGCCGCCACAACAGCAGCCUAAGUUCGUUAACAACAAUAACAAUCUGAUCAAGAACUUCAAGAAUGGAAAGGCGGAGAAGAAGGGCAAAACGUUCCUGUCGCGAUUGUCGUCCGGUUUCCGAUUUUCGUUCCGCGGCAAAUCGAAGAAAAACAAAGAUGGUGUCGUUGGGGCGUCGAAUGGGAAAGUUGGCAGCACUGGCUUCGGUAGUGAUAACAGACAAUCGUCGUCUGCGGUGAAAGUUAAGGAGUCGGGGGGCAAUGAUAAAGUGGUGUCAUCUGAUUUUAUUUAUAUCCCGUUGAAGGAUCCGUCUGCGAAGCAAACAGAUGGGCUUGAGAGUGGGGGUGUCAGUGAAGAAGAUGUGCUGGAUGCGGAAGAGUACUAUCUGCGCCAGUUUGCCAGUGGUCAGGAUCAGACGGAUAGGGUUUAUAACAGUCCAAAUGAAAGUGAUGUCACGUUCCGGUCGGAUACGUCGUCGAAUAUAAACUCGACCCCAACCGCGGGGGGUUUGGGUGGUCAAAGGAACCACGUGUUGAGCGGGAAACCACCCUUGCCGAAGCAGCCCCCACGGGUUGUUGGUGUGUGUGCCAAGCGUUCUACCCCAACCGGGAGGUACGCGCAUGCCCAGCAGCAGUACCGAGCCUCGUCGACUCCACCGAGAACGGAAAUCGAUCCUGACGAAAGCCACGGCGGCGGCGGCAGUGCCUUCUACCAUCAGUAUACCACGGACACUGACGCGGGCUCGAACGGUGGUACUGCCGAAGGAUCCUUAUCCUCGGCCGUCGGUCGGUACAGCAGUGCUAGAACCAACAGCAACAACCAGAAGCAUCACUUGGUGGUCGCUGAAAACGCUAAUUACUUCAAUCACAUCAUGGGCAGUGAGCAGAAAAUUGGUCUCAUCGAGACGAACCUGGAUACACAUGAAACGGUCAUCUCGGGCAAGACCCGCUCGCUGAUGGAACUUGGCGGUCCGUCGUCCCACAUGCACCAACUGCAGGUACAUCAUGGUGCUGGCGGUGGUGGCGGUGGCGGCGGUGAUGGCGGUGGUAGACAUCAGAUGGGUGGUGGCGGUGGCGGCUCAAAACGGCUGGGCGGUGGCGUUAAUGGGAUUAAGGACCGCCAGACGACCGCCGCUGCCAACGAACCCGGAAGGCCACACAAGAGCAUGGAGUUUCUGCUGGAUAAGGAAAAUCAUCGAAAUGUUUUGCCCCCGGAGAACGAGCUCCAAAAAUCACACGAAACCGGAACGAACCUGAGCGAACACCAACUCCGAGUGCAGGCCUCCCUCCAACGACUGAACAUCCCCGACUGGUACAAGCAGUACUCGGGCAAAGAUGGCGUCACCCCGAACCAGACGGCGCCCAACGCAACCACCACCGCGACCGGUGGAAUCCUGCGGAAACGAAACUCCGACGUGGGCCGGUGGACCGGCCUUAGCUCGAAAACGACCUCGCUCAGUUCGCUGGGAUCGCACCGAUCCGAUCGGAGUCCGGUGAUGCUGAGUCCCUCGGCGCACAGUCAUCACGGUGGCCAGACCGGCUUCUCGCGGUGGUCCACCUCGCACCUCAACUCGAACCACACGUCACCGAGUGUCUCGACGAGGGGUUCCUUUACGAGGGGUGGCCUCAACGCUAGCGUCAUUUCCGGCUACUCGACGGCAUCGACGACGGCCGGUGCCACGGCCGGGCACGGCGUAGCGCCCAACAGUGCAAUCCGGAACUCGUUCCGACAGCCGUACCUCGGCUGGAGAAGCCAGGAGAAAUUGGCGCAGCCACGGACGCCUGCCGAGAGGCUCGCAUCUUCGCUGCUCUCCCAACAGAAGCUCAAAGAGCAACAGCAACAGCAGCACCAUCAUCAACAUCAGAACCAGCAAAAAGUAGAACCAGUAGUAACACCGGAGAUCCAGUCAUCCAUCAAGGAGGUCACCUCCGCGAUUGUACAUUAUGUAAAUGACCAAACCAACCGACACUCACGCAGUAGAUCCACUAGUCCAAGCCAAAGAUGUUGGCUAGAAAGUUCAUUCGUUGGUACCAAACCGCUGGACUCCCCGCAGACGCCCAUGAUCGACAACAGCAGCAGUGGAUCAGCAGCACAACAUGUCGUCAUCCAGCAUCAGCACAUCAGCGUAAGCAGUAGUAGUACGAUGGCCGGGGACCACUACCGGUACAAUGCGGGCCGGAUGAAUGGCGUCGUGACACCGUCGGUUCCGACCUUCUCCCUGCCGCCAGACCACCUGCAAUCGCCCGGAUCGGCGACCCUCGAAGACGUGCUCAACUCGCUGCUGGACUUACCGACCGGAACACACAGGUCCUCAGUGGAUUCAGCUAAUUCCUGUCUGACGCCGACAGUUUCCAGUAACCAUACGCUUCAGAUCGAACCCGUGCAAACCCGCAGGCGGAGUGAGGGAGACGCCGGUAGAAAGCGCAACGAUAGUGGAGGUUCCGGUGCCGUAAGCAGUGCUGCCAGCAGUAAGGAUGCCCACAGCCGACGGGUGUCGUUGGAUUCGUGCGACGCGACCCACAAAAGCCACGGGGAACCCCUCAAGUGUCGGUACCCGAAAUGUGACGCCACGGCCACGAUCGCCGAGGCGAAGAAGUCCUACAAAAGCUGCCAUAACUGUUCCCAUCUGUACUGCUCGCGGGAAUGCCGAAGGGCACACUGGGAAAAGCACCGAAAGGCUUGCUUGCAUUCGCGAAUUUCCGCUUUGUGUAGGUUGGUGCUGUCCACCUGUAAGGACGACCCGGACACGUUAAGGCAUCUGAGCCACCUGGCCAGGCGCGGUUACUUGUCGCAAGGACGAGGUGUUGUUAGAAUACUAUUUCGCAGUCCGGAAAACGCGGACUCGUUCAUAAAGCAGGGUUUUCAGUGUUUGGGUGAAGUGUCGUACGUGCGCUGGCCAGACUUGCUCCCUUCGGAGAUGGGUCCGGAACUGUACUCGGAGCUGCUAAAGCUCAGUACCGAGUACAAACCCGAUUCGAAGAUGUUGAUUUACGUGGCGAUAUGUGUCGUUUCUGAAGCUCCGGGUAAUGCUACCGCUCCGGUCAAAUGGGAACGCCAGCUGGUGUCCCGGUGCGCUAAACUCAAACUGUGCAAAUCGGUCAUAAAUGAAAUCAAUAACUCGCCCAUCGAUAAGCAAAUUCCGAAAAAGGAAACCACAACCGAUGUGCUUAUCUUGUCGUUCAACAUCCUCACGAAAACCACUCAAAGGAGUCGCGAAUUGGUGUCGCAGAACAUUCAAAGCGUACUGCGCCAGCGUGGCGUGAUCAUGCGAAAGCAUUACCCCGAAGUCUUCCAGCGACUGUCCACGUUCGUAGAGGGUUCAACGGAUCGAUUCUUGCCGGUGACGGUCCAUCCGAGGGAUAGCGUUACCGGUCGACCGUUCGUUUGCAUCAUCAUGCCCAACUACGGCGAUGCGGAAAAAUUACAAUUUCCCAUUUCAGAGAACGGCGAGGACGACCGGGUGGUUACGAUGGACGUCGGGAUCGAGCUGGAGGUGAUGGAAACGUCAAGCAAUCUGUAAGUCGUGAAUAGAUUUUUUUUUGUACCUAGUUAUCGUCGGGUUGUGUAAAAGAAUCGAUGCAUAUGGGUUCCAAAGAACUGAAAUUUUCGCUUCGACUCCAGACAAUGAACGACUUCCAACGAGAACUGCUUCCGGGUCCCAUCCCAAGUCUUGCGUGGAGAUCAGGUAAGUGUCACAAAAUAAUGAUUACGAAAACGAAGAAGGGUAUAAACCAACAACUGAAUAACGCCAAAUUUUUGAUACUCUGUAGAAUAGGAUAACUCAAUCUCCGGUGAGCAUACGAACCCUUAGAUGUUACUGUACAAAGCGAGCUAGUUUUUUUGUCAUUCAAGACUCUUAUAUAGUAUCGUAAGAACCAGUUCGCAAGUUGUAGAUUUUCCCUUGUAAAAAAGCGAUCGUAACUUUGAAUGUUCCUAGUGGUUAUUUUUACAUUCCUCGCCUGAAUCCACCUGUUACUCUAUCUCUAUUUCUAGCCAAUAUGGAACUUAGUCCACAUUUGUCAUCCAUUUUUUUAAUUCAUGAUUUAUGUUUGUACGGAGCUAUUUGUCGAGAGCGCAUAACAUUAAGGAGAACAAUUAAAGUUGAAUCAGUUGAAAUUUAACUAUUAUAGAGUUGACCCGCCCAUAUUUAGAAGACUUUAAAUACAGAUACAUAUUUCAUACAUUGCUCAUGGUGCAAUUAGUUUGGUAGAGAAUUCGUGGAACAGAAAAUUGUUUGAACCGUUAAGAUCCGACAAACAAAACUAAAAAAAAAAACGUAGAAAAAAUAGAUCCAAAAUUAAUGACCACGUCCAACAAACGGCGUAAGUACACAGAUUCAUAUCGAAUGAUGACAUGGGUAUAUACAAACAAAAAAGUAUCAAUAGCAGUUGAACAAGAUCUUACAUCAAAUGACCAGUUUCGACCGGAAGUCGAGUGCAAACGACGCAUUUAUGAAGAUGUAUUUUCUCAUCUUUCAAUCUUUGACAAUUUAUAACACUUAUUUCAGACAAAAAUAUUACAUUUUUGCAUAUUUUUGUUUGUUAGUGAUACCAUACAAUGUAAAACACAAACUAUCAUUCAAUAUUUUAAAGAACAAAAACGUUUAGAGAACCAGUCGUUAGUUGAAUAAUUUAUGUGCUGCUGAAGAGCGUGUGUCAAAAUCUCUGAUGUUGUCAUAAAUGCUGGCACUUUACAGAGAAAAUAUGAAAACUGAGUAAUCUGCUUUGCCCCUCGUUGAAGGGUGUAUAAACAUACAUUUAUUUGCUCAACAUCACAUUUAAGACAAAACAUAAUCAACAUUAGUACGCCACAAUACUCGAUUUGUGCUGGGUUCGCCGUAAAGUGCCGCGAGCUCGUGGUUCAUCCUUCUCCGUCACACACCGUUCUCCUGCACACCGCCAAAGAUCGUCCUUAGCACGCGUCGCUCAAAAAUUCCGAGUGCUUGCAAGUCCUCCUCGAGCAUGGUUGAUAUGUCUCGUGUCCGUAGAGGACCACCGAUCAUAUUAGCGUUUUGUACAUGGUGCUCUUGGUGUAUGGGUGAAUCUUUUUAGACCGCAGCUUCUUCUGUAGCCCGUAGUAGGCACGACUUCCGCUGAUGAUGCGUCUUCGAAUUUCACGACUCAUAUUGUUGAUGGGUGUAUAUGUAGUGCAUUUAUCAAGUAGUGCACGCAUUUCGAUAUAUCCAGCAACUACGUUUGCUUUGCUGGCUA